AUGAGCCGCUCCGGCGCCACCUCGCCAAAGGACUACCGCUACAUUGGCUACGUUGAUUUGGCGACAGCAAUCCGGAAGACGCGCGAGCACCCUGGCGUCUUCUACCUCGACGACCCGUCGCAGCGCGAAAGCGAACCGCUGCAAAUGCUGCGUCUGAUGGCCCUCUUCCCGAGCACCGAAAAGCCGGCCCAGCUCACCAGGGUGCAGACGGAUAAGUAUCCGAAGCUCUGGUACCUCAACGAGCACCACAAUGGACCAUUGUUCGGCUGCCUGGAGGAGUUGGUCAGCUUCUACCGCCAGCACCCCGACCAGCUGGCC